GAGUUAUGAAUCCAUCACUCGUUUCGUAUUUAAGUGAUGCAGCCAGACUUUUAUCAGACGUCCAUUAUAAUAUUUCGAUCACAAGAAGAGCUUUUAUAACCCCAAAUGUGAACAGACUAGUGGAAGAUGUCAUCACUGAUCAACCAAUUGAAUCUCUCCUUUUUGGUGAAAAACUCCCCGAUCUAUUGAAAGCUGCGAAAGAACUGGAAAAAGAUAGCAAAGCGAUUGUCAAACCGCUUCAACUUAACAAGAGCUUCUCUAAUCAUAGAAAUACAGGGGACAAAUAUUUUACAAGGCCACAAACUUCUUCGAAUGCCAGCAGAUAUUCAGGACAAUUUCCACAUGUUAAAAAACAUUUAAACUUCAAAAGCCCGUCCGGAGCAAUGCGCAGGAACAACAGGAGUCGCCAGGAUCAGAAGGCGAGAACUCGACACUAGUUGUAAGUAAAAUACCCGGUAGAUUACAAUUUUUUAUUGACAAAUGGAGAGAAAUAACAGAUGACGAGAAUAUUCUCGAAUAUAUUCAAGGUUAUAAAAUACCUUUUUUGGAAAAACCUUUUCAACAAGAAAAACCAGUUAUUAAAUUUACAUCAGAUUCUGAAUACAAAUUUUGUAAAAUUGCUGUCAAAGAAUUGUUAGAUAAAGGUGCAAUUUCACGAUGUUACCCUUGUAAAGGUCAAUUCAUCUCCUCAUUUUUUUUAGUCGAUAAAUCUAAUGGUCAAAAGCGGUUUAUUUUAAAUUUGAAAAAAUUAAACGUAUUUAUAAAUGCACCACAUUUUAAAUUAGAAGACCAAAAAAUUGUUAUGAGGUUGUUAACAAAAUUUUGUUUCUUAGCAAAAAUAGAUCUUAAAGAUGGUUAUUUUCAUGUAUCAAUUACAAAAGAACAUAGAAAAUUUUUGCGUUUUGAGUUUGAUGGAGAAUUAUUUGAAUUUAAUUGUUUACCAUUUGGCCUUUGCACAGCACCUUUUUUGUUUACAAAAACAACAAAACCUAUUCUUCAUUUUUUACGAAAUGAAGGUUUUUUGUCAGUUUUAUAUCUAGACGAUUUUCUCUUAAUUUCAAAAAGUAAACAAGAAUGUAUUUCAAAUAUUUCAGAAACAAUUCAAAUUUUAGAAAGUCUCGGUUUUGUUAUUAAUUGGCAAAAAUCUUUCUUGGAACCUUCACAUGAGUGUGAAUAUCUUGGCUUUCUUUGGAAAAGUAACAACUUAACAGUUGAACUUCCUUUCAAAAAGAAAGAAAAAAUUUCAAAAAUGAUUCAAGAAUUCUGUUUAAAAACUGAAUGUAAAAUAAGAAAUUUUGCUCAGUGCAUAGGUGUUUUAGUUUCAGCUUGUCCUGGUGUAAAAUAUGGCUGGUUGUAUAGAAAAGAAAUGGAAAGGCAAAAGUUUCUAGCAUUAAAACGAUCGAAUGGAAAUUUUGAUCAGCAAAUGACUUUAUCUGAAGACACCAAACUAGAAUUGAAAUGGUGGAUUAAAAGUAUUCCUUCUUCGAUCAAUCACAUCAGAAACUCUAAAUAUUGUUUAGAAAUAUUUUCUGAUGCUUCGUUAACAGGUUGGGGAGUAUUUUCUGGCAACCAAAAAACUCAUGGUUGGUGGAAUCCAUUCGAUCAGAAACAAAGCAUAAAUUUUUUAGAACUUAAAGCUGCUUUUUAGGGUCUUAAAAUUUUUGCUUCAGAUUACAGUUCCUGUCAAAUUUUACUGAGAAUUGAUAACACAACAGCCAUAUCUUACAUAUCAACCGCAUGGGCGGAAUUCAAUUUAAAAAUCUCAAUGAUAUUGCAAAAUCUAUUUGGCAAUGGUGUGAAAAAAGAAAUAUAUGGAUCUUUGCAUCAUAUAUUUAUACUAAAGAUAAUUUUGUCGCUGAUAGAGAGUCUCGAAUUUUACCUACAGAAACGGAGUGGGAAUUAAAUAUUGAAGAAUUUAAGAAAAUAGAGAAAAAAUUUGGAAAAUUUCAAAUCGAUUUAUUUGCAACACAUAAUAAUAGUAAAUGUUCAAAUUUUGUCUCUUGGUUCAAAGAUCCAGAAUCAGUAAAAGUUGAUGCAUUCACAAUUUCAUGGGAAGGAUUAAAUUUUUACGCAUUUCCACCAUUUGCCUUAAUUUUGCGAGUCAUUAGAAAAAUAAUUGAUGAUCAGGCUGAGGGUCUUUUAUUAGUACCAUAUUGGCCCACUCAAGUCUGGUACCCUUUGUUUUUAGACUUAUUAAUCGAAAAACCAUUAUUUUUAGGUCCUCAUAUCGAUUUAUUGCAUUGUCCUUUCAGGAAAACACACCCUCUAGCCAAGAGCCUUAUCCUGGUGGCAGGCAAGUUAUCUGGCAAGCUUUUCAAAGGAGAGGCAUCCCGGAAGCAGGAAUACCAAUAAUGAUUUCUUCCUUGUCUGAAGCCACUAUUAAACAAUAUAAUAAGCCUCUUCGGUUAUGGUGGACAUUUUGUCAGAAAAAUAAUAUUUCCGUGUUUGAAGCAAAUUCUAAAGACGUUCUUACCUUUUUAGUCGAUAUUUAUGAACAAGUUAAAAGUUACAGUACUAUGAACUCGUAUAGAUCAGCCAUUUCUUUAAUUUUAUUAACAGACAUUGGACAGGAUCCUUUAAUGAAAAGGUUUUUUAAGGGUGUUUCGGUAAUUAAGCCACAGAAACCCAGAUACGAUUUUACGUGGGAUCCACAAAUUGUUAUUGAUUUUUUGAAAUCUUGGUAUCCUCACUAAAAUCUUUCUCUGAAACAAUUAUCUUUUAAAUUAUUAAUGUUAAUGGCUUUAAUUACAUCUCAACGUAUGCAAACAAUGUCUAAAAUUUCCUUAGAAAACAUUAUUGUGUCAACUGAUCUCAUUCAAAUUAAAAUACCAGAACGUAUUAAGACUUCGAAAGUUAACAAACCUCAACCUUGUUUAUCAUUGCCAUUUUUUAGAACAGAACCCAAACUAUGCGUAGCUACUAUUUUGCAGUUAUAUUUAAACAAAACUGCCAGCUUAAGAAAAUCAAUUAAUAGAUUGUUUAUUACAAUUAAAAAACCAAUUAGACCAGCGACAACUCAUACCUUUCAUAGAUAGGUCGAGGUAUGCGAAAAGUGUAAUAAAUGUUACUGUUUAAGAAUUAAUAGUUUAAUAAAAGUUGCAAUGUUUGUACUUCAAUAAAAAGUUAAAAAGAAUCACAAAUUAUAUUGCUUUGAACAUCUACGUAUUAAUCUAGGAGAACGAGACGACGUAAUAUAAUUAACCGAUUAAACGAACUUACCUUAAGUGAAGUUCGAACG